CCUCAAACUUGCUGUGAUCCUCCCGCCUCAGCCUCCUGAGUGCUGGAAUUACAGGAUUUGGACACCACACUUGGCUGGAAAAACAGCCUCUCCUGAUUGGCCCUUCCUCUGGGAAGCCGAGACCAGGGAUCUCAAAUUCGAGUCAACCUUGAGUAAUUUAGCAUCUAAGAGAGACCCAAUCUCAAAAUAAAAAGGGCCGGGGACAUAGCUCAGUGCACAGGUCAUGUGUUCCAUUUGCAGAAUUAUGAGGGAAAAAAGUUAACCGUACUGACAAAAAGUGCAGCCCGGGAAGCAAUUUGGGAGGAAAAAGAGCAAAAAUUAUGUCCCGGGUAGUGGACUGUUUACACACUUGCGGAACAUUCAAGAAGAAAUGGCCAAUAGAGACGGUGUUUCGGUAAAAAGGCGUACAAAGCGGACCACAAAACCCCCGCUCAGGGAGCAGUGACUGUGGCCUCGCUUCAGAUCCAGGCGCGUCCACGCUUCACGGUUCUCCACGCCCUGGGAGAAGGCGGCGGGAACGCGCCUUCCCUCCCUUCUGCCCCAUCUCCUAGUCAGGGGUGCAGACAGAGGCGACGUCUUCCCGCCCCGCCACCAGGCAGGAUGAGAGCGGAGGGGCAGCAUCGCCCACCCGAGGACCUCCACCGCCGCCCAUAGAGCUCAGAUGCGAGCGCCAACAUUCGAAGGGGUGCCGUCAAAAGUAGUAAGCCACAGCGAGCGCCAGAUAUCGCGACACUGCGCUCCGGAAGCGGAAGUCAGGUGGUUGCGGGACGCAGGCGGAAGCGGCUCCGUUACCUUGGAGAGCCGAAAAGGUCCUCAGUUUCGCUGUGUGGCAGCCCGAGGUCGCUGCACUUGCGAGUGUCUCAACGGGGCUGGGCCGGAGCGGGACGGACACAGCGGCUGGCGACAGGGAAGUCCAGGCUGGCCUCACUCAAAAUGAUCCUGCCCCAGCCUCCCGAGUUCUGUGAGUAUAGGCAUGCACUACUAUGUUUGGCUUCCCUUUCAGGUUUAUGCCAAAGCUUUUCUACUAGUCUGAGAUCUCUUUGGGGACAGGGUCCCCAUUAUAUUGUUUAUGUUUGCAUUGCAAUGUCCUAAAUAGCACAAUGCCUGGAAUUUAGUAUCCAAGAAAUGUUGGUCAGAUGUGCUGGUGCACACCUGUACUCCCACCUGCUUGGGGGGCUGAGGCAGGAUGAUCACAAGUUGC